AUGUCACAGAGCCACGCAUCCCAAUUCUCCGAUAACUAUCCCUCAUCCAUCUUUGAAGAUAACCCUGUGGAUGCACUCUCCUUCCUUACAUCUGAUGGGCCGUUUAACCUAGACGGACACGAAACACCAACCUCUACUCCAAGUGUGACUUUCACACGGCCAGUAGUACCUAUCCUGAUUCCAGAAACCCUUGAGCGUGUUGGGCCAUGUGGCGGGAAGAAGUAUAUCCUUUGGACAGAGAUGUUUAACGAAGAUUUUGUCGCCUGGUGGUUAAAAACUGAGUACGGAAGUGCAACAAAACGAAAUAUCUUUGAGGGUAAACGACAGGCAGGCUCUUGGGAGCACUUCCACCAGGUUGCUACGAUCUCUGAUGGAUCCCCUAAGGUGAUGUUCACAGGCUACUUUAUUGACCUUGAGUGGAACUACCGUGAGAUCUUACUCGGCUUUGAACCUCUACGUGGCUCCCAUACAGGCGCUUAUCUAAGUAGUGUACUACUUGAGUUACUUGAGAAGCACCAAAUUACCAACCGCGUGCUUACGAUCACUACUGAUAAUGCAUCGAAUAACGAUACAUUACUGACUACUCUCGAAGAGGCAGUUUCGUCUCUUGAGCUGCCUAGUCAUAUACCGAUUAUUCGUAUACCAUGUAUUGCACAUGUUAUACAGCUCAGUCUCAAGGAGCUCCUUGGUCAGAUGGAUGCGAACCCAUUGAAUGAUAGGGAAGAGAUGGAAUGGGCCGAUCAGAGAUAUAGCGCCCGGCAAGAGAACAGACAGAUUGUGCAAACCCUGAAUAAAGUUCGGAAGAUUACAGUCUAUAUCAAUAAAAGCCCCCAGCGCCGCGAGAGCUUUAUCGGACUGCAGACAAAAGAACCGAAACUUAUGCCAAUCCAAGAUGUCCGAACACGCUGGAAUUCCACAUUUCUUAUGCUUCGGCGCGCACGUCGGCUACAGACUACAUUUGAUGGAUUUUGUGCACAGUUCAAUCUGACGGAUAUGAAGAUGGAUAAAGAUGAAUGGCGACAGGUUGACUAUCUACUGUCAAUUACCUAUCCCUUCUUUAAAUUCACUUCAUCUUUAUCAGCUACAACUGAUGUGACUAUCCAUAAUGUGUUUGGGAUCUACAAUGCCUUAUUUACCCACGUUGACAAGGCAAAGGCGCAGCUAGCACGAAAGAAAGUCGGGUGGAAGAAGGUAAUGAAGCUGGCGCUAGAGCAUGGGCGCGAUAAGCUUACGGAAUAUUACGGCAGGACUGAUGAUAUUCCAAAUGAUCUCUAUGCAAUUGGAACUAUCUUAGGUCCCCGCAAUAAGCUUGAAUUCUUCUUAACACUAGAAUGGGAGACACACUGGGCACCGCGGUAUAAGCAGUCCCUUGAGACUUAUGUCCAGCCUUACCAGCAGCGUCAUAUAGAGGCACAGUCAAUAUCAACUAUCCAGUCAAUGAGCAACGAUAUUUCUGACAUUGAUAUCCUUCUGAGACCUACUACAUCUCUCCAGUCAAGACCGACCACUUCAGAUGAACUCACAAGGUAUCUUGGAAGUAGUACUGUCCAAUCAACACCACUAGUAUUCUGGAAGGCUCAUGAGGCAGAGUAUCCUAUCCUCGCAAGCCUUGCCCGAGAUAUCCUUACAACUCCAGCUAGUGGCUCUGGGGUAGAGAGGCUUUUCAACUCUGCUCGCGAUAUAUGCCACUAUCGCCGGGGAUCGUUAAGACCACAGACUAUUCAAGAUCUAAUGAUGUUUAUGUGUACAACAAGAUUUGAUAUCCAGUCGGAGCAGCUUGCGCUAGUGGAUGAGUUUCUCUCCACCCAAGAGAGGCAUACAAAGAAGGAGCAGGAUGAUGCUGAGCAAGAGACUAAGGAGUAUGAUCCUAUCAGCGAUGAUGAGGAAGAUCCUAUAAUAGACGCUUCCGUUGAAGUAUCUAUUGAGCGACCUAGUUUACGCGCGCUAGGGAAAAGAAGGGCUGUUGAUGAUCAGCUUACUGAGCCAGAUGAUGAUGAGAUCCCUUUACCUGAUUUUGAUAUCCAGAGGCGUUCAUCAGGGCGGAUUCCAAAGAGAUUGAGAUAUGAUGAGGAUUUUGUAUAUAAUUAG